GUACCAAGUUUUAGUAUUAAAUUUUAUACUUAAUAUUGCUCAUUAUUGUCUAUUACUCAGUUAUAGUUGUACAUAUAUAACUUACUUUACUAUUAGCUGUUAGGUAGAAAAAAUGAUAGUUAUAAAGUAGUUACAUUAAAAAAAAAUUCAACUUCUUGUUUACGUGUAAUUUCUAUUUAGUAAUUUGAAAUGGAUUUAAUAAAUUAUCAUUUACUAAAAAUAUAUAAAAAACAUUCAAAUUAACGUAGCUUUAAAAUUAAUGUAUAUCAUAAUAUAUUUAUAAAUCUUAACAGCAGCUAUGGUAUUUUUGUAUAGAAGCACAAAUGGUAAUAAGUCCAAAAUAUGUACAUUGCCAAUGCCUUUAUUAAUGGGCUUCAUUAUUGGCAUUAUGUCAGUUUACACUUACUAUUUGUUAUUGAAUUAUGAAGACAACACAAAGUUAACACCAGUUCCAGUUAAAGAUUUUAACAGUCAAAUAAAGAUGAAUUAUCAUCUAGUGGAUUUAACAAAAUCAACUAUAAAUCAUAAUACAUCGCUUUUGUGUCUCAUAUUUAUUAAUGAUAUAGACUCAUUACUCAUGCAACAUAAUGUUUGGCUCGAUAAAUGUGGCAACGACAAAAUAUAUGUGAGUAAACAAAAGCACAAGUAUAUUGGACAAGUUAUAACUGAUACUUAUUCAUCACAACCAUGGAAAUAUUACUGUCAAACUAUAAUGUACUUACAUGACCAAUAUAGUUCAAGUAACAUUAAAUAUGAUUGGAUAUUUUUGGCCAAGGAUAAUGUUUGGUUAAUUUAUGAAAAUUUAAUACAUUUAAUAUCAUUAUUGAAUGUCAAUAAACACAAACAUAAUUAUUAUGCUGGGCAAUACAUCAAUGGUAUAUUAAAUAUCAAUGCAGGUGUACUGUUUAAUACAAAUACAUUAACAGCCCUAGUGCAUUUAAUUAGUAAUGUGGAUGGUUGUAACUCGGAAGUAUCCAAAAAUGAAAGUCAAAUGUUAGAUUAUUAUUUAAGAAAACUGAAUAAUGCUAUACCAAUUAGCAAUAUGGAUUCAUAUGGUUGUACUUUGUUUCAUUCAAUAAAUAUGUUUAAUGCUUUUAACGUAAAAAGCUUAAGACCUGAAAUACUUAAUAAAUGUAUGAGUAGAUUUGCCAUUACAUUUCAACUAGAUUUAUCUUCAAAUUAUUAUGCAAUGUUUUACAAGUAUGUCUUGUACAAAAUAAGAUUAGUAACCAAACAAGAUCUAAUGUCAAAUUCUAAUAAGAUCUUACCAGAACCAUCUCCUGAAAACGUAAAUAUUUGGAGAAGAGAAGCACUUUAUGAAUUGAAUCUAGACCCUAGUAAUACAUCACAGACAGAUUUUUUUUACUAUUGGUCAAAAAAACGUCAAAUUAUAUUGUAAUUGUUAAUUUAUAACUAUUUUAAUUUAGGUACAUUGGUUGUGGUUUCAGUGGUAUGGUAAACUUAAGCAUUUUCACUAACAAGUAUUUUUAUUUAAUACUUAUCAAUAGGGCAGUGAAAUUAUUGUUUUAAAAAACAUAAUAAAUUGAUCGCAUUAUUACAUUAAAAUAUAUUGAAAAUUGCAGUUAUAAUUUUUGAAAAUUGCAUUAAAAAAAUCGCGUAUAAAAUUAAAUUAAGAACAAAUAUACAGUAUAAUCAUUAAUCAUUAUUUAUUAUGUAGGUAUUUACUAUUUAGGUAUAAUUUAAUUAAUAAAAUAAAAUAUUACAAUACAUAAAAAAAUUAAGAACAAA